GAAGCCCCUGCGCCCGCUCACAGCCCGGCUGCUGGAGCCCAGGGACGGCGGCAUGGAGUCCGUGGCCCUGUACAGCUUCCAGGCCACGGAGAGCGACGAGCUGGCCUUCCACAAAGGGGACACACUGAAGAUCCUGAACAUGGAAGAUGACCAGAACUGGUACAAGGCUGAGCUCCGGGGUGCCGAAGGCUUCGUGCCCAAGAACUACAUCCACAUCAAGCCCCACCCGUGGUACUCCGGCCGGAUUUCCCGGCAGCUGGCCGAAGAGAUCCUGAUGAAGCGGAACCAGCUGGGAGCCUUCCUGAUCCGGGAGAGCGAGAGCUCCCCGGGCGAGUUCUCUGUCUCCGUGAACUACGGGGACCAAGUACAGCACUUCAAGGUGCUACGCGAGGCCUCGGGGAAGUACUUCCUGUGGGAGGAGAAGUUCAACUCCCUCAAUGAGCUGGUGGAUUUCUACCGCACCACGACCAUCGCCAAGAAGCGGCAGAUCUUCCUGCGGGACGAGGAGCCCCUGCUCCAGCAGGCGCCCCGGGCCUCCUCCUUUGCCCAGGCCCAGUUUGACUUCUCGGCCCAAGAUGCCUCACAGCUCAGCUUCCGCCGCGGUGACAUCAUUGAGGUUCUGGAGCGCCCGGACCCGCACUGGUGGCGGGGUCGGGCCUGCGGACGCGUCGGCUUCUUCCCGCGGAGCUACGUGCAGCCGGUGCACCUGUGACCCGUGCGGGCGGCCCACCAGGCCCGCGGGCCAUUGCACAGGAACUGAGCGCGUGGACACUCCCACUGGGCCCCGCGGGGGGCUCAUCCGGAAAGUCUUGGACUGGACCUGGCUCCUGACUGCCUUUGGCCACCGUGACCACGUGCAGGUGAGGGCGGCUCCCGGAGCUCCCAGCUGGCCGCUUCCUAUUGGUCGCCAGCCGUGUGACGUCAUAGGGAGGCUUGCGCAGAGGCCCCACCCACCCACCUCCUCUGGCCAAUCCCUGCGCAGGCUUGAGGACUUCUAGGCUCCACCUUCCGUGGACUCAACCCAGGGAACUCAGGGCUUCUGGGGGCUGAGUGGCUUACCCUGGACUGCUAACCUGCUGAGCCUGUCUCCCAAACGACCCCUCCCAAGUUGUACAGAACGCUCCGAGGGGCAGGUGCACCUGUCGCCCAGGACUUGUGGGACAGACUCCAGGUGGACACCAGUUCCUUGGCAGCCCAAUGACUUCAGGACAUACCUGGGGCACCCAGCCCCCACCACAGCCCCUUUGGGGAGGGGCUAGA